AUGCUGACAGAGCAGCUGGCACCAGAGGUAAAACCCCGUAUUACGGUUACUACGGUUACUGGCGGGGGAGGGGCGGGGUUUAGAGGAAGCGGAAGUGCCGGUGCAAGCGGAAGUGGUACUGCCCUGAAUAUCCCGAAGAGCAAGACGGAGGACGGAGAGAGAGAGUCGCAGCGUCCACAGAUAAAACCCGAAAUAACAGCCCACGAGGAGGGGAGGGGAGUCUAUUGUGGUUUGGGCUCAGAGCAAGCACUUAGGCCGUGCAUGCAACAGCUCGGCCAGGAGCGAUUCCUGAAGCUGAUUAAGCCGGGAGAGCCGGGCGAUAUUACAAAGAGACGGGAUUCGGGUGUGGAUCUGAGGUCCAGCUCUGAGAUGGAUAAGAGCGAUCUGGUACAGAAAGCUAAGCUCGCCGAGCAGGCUGAGCGCUAUGAUGACAUGGCUGCUGCCAUGAAGGCAGUGACUGAACAGGGGCACGAGCUCUCCAACGAGGAGAGGAACCUGCUGUCUGUCGCCUACAAGAACGUGGUGGGAGCCCGCCGCUCCUCCUGGAGAGUCAUCUCCAGCAUUGAACAAAAAACCGAGGGCAACGACAAGAAACAGCAGAUGGCCUGCGAGUACCGUGAGAAGAUUGAGGCCGAGCUGCAGGAUAUCUGCAAUGAUGUGCUGGGUCUUCUUGACAAGUACCUCAUUGCCAAUGCUACCCAGGCAGAAAGCAAGGUCUUCUACCUGAAAAUGAAAGGAGAUUAUUACAGAUAUCUCUCUGAGGUGGCAUCCGGGGAUUCGAAGAAGACCACAGUUGAGAAUUCUCAGCAGGCUUACCAGGAGGCCUUUGAGAUCAGCAAGAAGGAGAUGCAGCCUACACACCCGAUCAGGCUCGGGCUGGCUCUCAACUUCUCCGUGUUCUACUAUGAAAUCCUCAACUCUCCUGAGCAGGCCUGCAGCUUGGCAAAGACUGCAUUUGAUGAAGCAAUUGCUGAACUUGACACCUUGAAUGAGGAUUCGUACAAAGACAGCACUCUGAUCAUGCAACUGCUAAGGGACAACCUCACUCUGUGGACAUCAGAAAACCAGGGAGAUGAAGGGGAUGCUGGCGAAGGGGAGAACUAAUGGGUGCCACGCUUCACUGUCUAUCCACUCCCUCUUUAUCUUAAACACAUACAGCCCAUACCCUGCUCCACCAGGAUUUUCCCCUUCUGUAUGACAAGCAGCAUGAAUUGUACCUGACCUAUCAACUACCCUUUGCAGAUCCCUCCUUUGUUACAGGGCGAUACUCAAGUUGUUAGCAGGCUCACACCAUCGUUUUGUUUCUAAAUUACACCAGGUCUUUACAUUGAGGCAUUUCUGUUUUUUAUUUUUCAUUCAUUUUCUUUUGGAAGAACCUAGCAAGUUGGGCUUUAUAGUGUUCAUCAAUUGUUAUUAUUAUUUUUAUUUUUUUUUGUUACAUCAGUUUUUAUAGUGUAAAAUGUCAUGACAUUUGCAGGUUUUAUUGUAAGGUUAUUAAACAGCCAGUUUAUUUUCACCAAACACUGUGAUGCUUAGUUUUGUGUUUUUAUUUUUAUUUUUUUGCUGUAAAUCCCUUCUGCUCUAAAAAAUGCAUGUUUCAUUCUGUACUUGGGUAGCAGUACAGAGUACAAUUCUGCUGUCAUACAGAAAGGUUUAAAAGGCUGUAUUGUGACACUGAGAAAUGUGCAAAUUGCUGAGUGCUCAUGUUAACAGUUUUAUUUGACAUGUUUUACAAAACAGGGGACCCCAGGUUUUGUCAUUUUGGAUGUGACAGUCUAAAAAUAGAUCCCAUCAAAGCAUGAACAUCACAGAGUAACUUUGUAAACACACUGGGGAGCAUGUGCUGAGUGAAGUGUCAGGGUAUAACAAAAUUCAAUUAAAGCUGCUGUCACCAGUGAGGUAAACACGUUCCUCUAGUUGUUUUCUUCAUUUUUAUUUUUACACUUGAUCUUUUUGGAUGAGAUUGUUAAUUGUGGUUUUCAGUGAUAGCAAUUAUGAAAAGCAAAUUCAAUGAUUUGAGUAAGUCUUAUGUAGUAACAUUGUGAAGCUGCUUGUGUUUAAAUACAGCAAAACUGUUUUCGUUUAACUAAUUCCAGCCAUGCUUCAUUUGAAACUCAGUGUAAAAGGUCUUAUCCUGACAGCCUGAUCUGACUAAAAUGAGUUUGGAUUCUUAAAAAGCUGAAAGUUAACCGGAUUGCUAGGAAAGCAUUUUAUUUUUUUAUUUGUAUUUUUUUUUUUUUGUUGUAAUUGAACUCAAGUUGGUUGCAAGAUUGGUGUGGUCUCAAACAGACUGUAUUUAUUAGAAUCCUGAAUAGGCAAGAAAUGGGCAACCUCUUUGACCACUGACUUGAACAUGCGUUGAGUUUGGAAUAGAAAGUCUUGAAAAACAAGGCAAUGAGCAUUUUUUUAGUAAUACCAUACCUGUCUGCUCCAAGUAAAUGGCUAAAAUUGAUCUGUAACAUCCUGUUGAACUUGAAAAGUUGGAGUAUUUAGUGUCACAAUACCCUGCCACCUCCAUAACAUUCCACUUAGUGUAGAGUUCAUGUGUCCCUCAGUCUCGUCUGCUGAAGACAAUGUUUCAUGCACUGAAUAAAAUCUCUCUUCUAGCUGAACAAAUGGCAGUUCAUAUUCUCCGCUUGAUAAACGCAGUAGUGAGUGUGGGACGGAGCCUGUCUGUAUAUCUGGUAGCUCUUUCUGCUUUGUUUUUACUGACCAGUAUUCUGCCUAAAGUUUGCUUCUGUGACGGUUUUAUCGCCUAGCGAGCACGUGGUUGUGAAAAUAGUAUAGCUAAAAAAAAAAUUAAACAACUACAAAAAAAAAUUUCAAUACCUGGUUAUUGACGUAAUAUUAGAUUUGUGUCUGUCUUUUAAAACAGUUCGAGUUUCACUUCACAUGUAACAAUCAGGAAAGUGUAAAAGACAAUUCAAAGUGAAAUAAAAUUUUAUCAGUUCA